GUGACGUUGGUUUCUGGGUGGUGAGUUGUUAAAGUUCAUAAUUUUGAGACGUUUUUAAAAUUGUUACGUGUCAAAACUGAAGGAAACCAUGGCUGACAACGAGGCGAAAGCGUCGCAAUUGCUAGCGGAGGCUGAGAAGAAGCGAACGGCGUCAAAGGGCUUCUUUGGCUCGCUAUUUGGAGGUCCAUCGAAAUUAAAACCAGAGUUACAUGCCAAAGCUGGUAGCCGCCAUGAUGCAGCUAGUAGUUAUGUAGAUGCUUCUAAUUGUUACAAGAAAUAUGAUAUAAAUGAGGCUAUUAGUUGCUUGUUAAAGGCAAUUGAAAUCUACACUGAUAUGGGUCGGUUCACAAUGGCAGCUAAAUAUCACCAGAAUAUAGCUGAGAUGUAUGAAAGUGAAGCUAUAGAUCUUGAGAGAGCAGUUCUUCAUUAUGAGCAAGCUGCUGAUUAUUUUCGUGGAGAGGAAAGCAAUUCCUCUGCUAACAAAUGUCUCCUAAAAGUAUCUCAAUAUGCUGCACAACUUGAAAACUAUGACAAGGCUAUUCAAAUAUAUGAACAGGUUGCUUCUGCAUCUUUAGAAAGCCCUCUGUUGAAAUACAGUGCAAAGGAAUACUUUUUCCGAGCAGCAUUAUGUCAUUUAUGCGUCGAUGUAUUAAAUGCACAACACGCGAUCGAGCGUUACAACGAGCAGUAUCCUGCAUUCCAAGAUUCUAGAGAGUACAAACUGAUAAAGACAUUAAUAGAACACCUCGAGGAGCAAAAUCUCGAAGGUUUUACAGAAGCAGUAAAGGAAUAUGAUUCAAUUUCACGAUUGGAUCAGUGGUACACAACAAUAUUAUUGCGUAUUAAAAAGCAAGUUAAUGAUAAUCCAGAUCUACGCUAAUCGGUUGUACCUUCAUUUAUUUUUUGCGCUAUUUCCUGUCAGUGAUAUUAUUAAUCCAACUCUACAUGUAUUCCGUUUUUAAG